AUGAACUUUAGUGCAGUUGAGGGGGAAGGUUUUAAGUACUAUUCUAAAGUAAUGCAGCCCCAAUUUACUCUCCCAUCUAGGCGUACAAUAGCUAGAUACUGUUUUCAGCUACACUUGGAUGAGAAACAAAAACUAAAAUCCUUCUUUAAGUCUGACUGCAAUAGAGUAGCACUUACUACUGGUUGUUGGACUUCUAUCCAAAAUCAAAACUACUUAACCCUUACGACACACUUUGUGGAUAACGAAUGGAACUAUCAAAAGAGAAUUAUAAGCUUCACAGUUAUUCCAAACCAUAAGGGUGAUACGGUAGGUAGGAAGAUUGAAGAGGUGUUAAGGGAUUGGGGAAUUAGGAAUGUGUCUACCAUAACUGUUGAUAAUGCAAUUUCAAAUGAUGUAGCUGUAGCAUAUUUGCAUAGAAAAAUAUCAACUAUGAAUGGGAUGAUGGGGGAUGGAAAAUGUUUUCAUAUGAGGUGCGCUGCUCACAUAUUGAACUUGGUGGUAAAUGAGGGUUUGAAAGAUAAGCAUUUGUCUAUUACUAGUGUUAGGGAUGCUGUUAGAUUUGUCAAGUCCUCACCUCAUAGGGAAGCCAAGUUUAAAGAAUGCAUUGAAUUUGCUGGAAUAACUUGUAAAAAACUAGUAUGUCUUGAUGUUUCAACUCGUUCGAACGUGACAUAUUUGAUGCUUGAGGCUGCAGAGAAGUUUCAAGCUGCUUUUGAUAAGCUUGAGUAUGAAGAGUCAAGCUAUAGGGAGUUCUUUGGAAAAGGUAGUCCUCCUAGUAGUGAUGAUUGGGACAUUGUUAGAGCUUUUAUCUCUUUUUUAAAGUUAUUCUAUGAAGCAACUAAUGUUUUUUCCACCUCUCAAAGUGUGAGUUUGCAUAGUGCUUUUCACCAAGUGUCUGCGCUCUAUUGUGAGCUGAAGCAAGCUAAUAUGAACUUGAAUGGUGUUUUUGCAAGUGUGUGUGGGGACAUGAUGGAAAAGUAUAAUAGAUAUUGGGGGUGUGCUACUAAGAUGAACAAGUUGAUUUAUUUUGGAAUUAUUUUGGAUCCAAGAUACAAGUUGAGUUAUAUUUAG